AGGAGAAGCAGGACCGUGUAGAUCUGACGGGGUCCUGCACAUUCCCCCCCCCCCCCUCUCUCCUCUCCUCUCCUCCCAUAGUCGCAAGGGACAAGGUGUAAGAGGCUUGUAGAACGACGAUCUUACACACAGACACAGCCAGGAAGCCUUUCAAGAUGGGCAACCGAGGGAUGGAAGAGCUGAUCCCGCUGGUUAACAAGCUCCAAGAUGCCUUUUCAGCUAUCGGACAGAAUGCCAACCUAGAUCUGCCCCAGAUCGCUGUGGUGGGGGGUCAGAGCGCUGGCAAGAGCUCGGUCCUGGAGAAUUUUGUGGGCAGGGAUUUUCUGCCUCGUGGAUCUGGAAUUGUCACCCGCAGACCCCUCGUCCUGCAGCUGGUAUUUAGCACCACAGAAUAUGGGGAGUUUUUGCACUGUAAGGGGAAAAAGUUCACGGACUUUGAAGAGAUCCGGUCGGAGAUUGAGGCUGAGACUGACAGAGUCACUGGGACUAACAAGGGCAUCUCUCCUGUGCCAAUUAACCUUCGAGUAUAUUCUCCAAAUGUGCUUAACCUGACUCUGGUUGACCUUCCGGGUAUGACCAAAGUCCCAGUAGGUGACCAACCUGUGGAUAUUGAGAUGCAGAUCCGUGAUAUGCUCAUGCAGUUUGUCACCAAGGAGAACUGCCUCAUUCUGGCAGUAUCUCCAGCCAACUCUGAUCUGGCAAACUCUGAUGCCUUGAAAAUCGCCAAAGAAGUGGAUCCCCAAGGACAACGUACUAUUGGAGUCAUAACCAAAUUAGAUCUCAUGGAUGAAGGGACAGAUGCUAGAGAUGUUCUGGAAAAUAAAUUAUUGCCCCUGAGAAGAGGUUACGUUGGCGUGGUGAACAGAAGUCAGAAGGACAUUGAUGGCAAGAAAGAUAUCCAAGCUGCUUUAGCAGCUGAAAGGAAGUUCUUCCUGUCACAUCCAUCUUAUCGACAUCUUGCUGAACGCAUGGGGACUCCGUAUUUACAGAAAAUUCUCAAUCAGCAACUGACCAAUCACAUUCGAGACACUCUACCAGGGCUGCGAAACAAGCUGCAGAGCCAACUUCUGUCCAUCGAGAAGGAAGUGGAUGAGUACAAGAAUUUCCGUCCAGAUGAUCCAUCUCGUAAAACCAAGGCUCUUCUCCAGAUGGUGCAACAGUUUGCGGUCGACUUUGAGAAACGUAUUGAAGGCUCCGGGGACCAGAUUGAUACCUACGAACUUUCCGGUGGUGCGAGGAUUAAUCGAAUCUUCCAUGAACGUUUCCCUUUUGAGUUGGUGAAGAUGGAGUUUGAUGAGAAGGAUCUGAGAAGAGAGAUCAGCUACGCCAUCAAGAACAUCCAUGGCAUAAGAACUGGGCUCUUCACACCUGACAUGGCCUUUGAAACCAUCGUCAAGAAGCAAGUGAAGAAGAUCAAAGAGCCGUGCGUGAAAUGUGUCGACAUGGUCAUAUCCGAGCUAAUCAGUACCGUUAGACAGUGCACCAAGAAGCUAAGUCAGUACCCGCUUCUACGGGAGGAGAUGGAGAGGAUUGUCACUACGCAUAUCCGGGAGAGAGAGGGGCGCACAAAGGACCAAGUCAUGCUGCUGAUUGACAUCGAACUUGCCUACAUGAACACAAACCAUGAAGAUUUCAUUGGCUUUGCUAAUGCACAGCAGAGGAGCAGCCAAACGAAUAAGAAAAAAGCCUCUGGAAACCAGGUCAUUCGGAAGGGAUGGCUCACCAUCAACAACAUCGGUAUCAUGAAGGGAGGGGCCAAGGAGUAUUGGUUUGUGCUGACCGCAGAGAACCUGUCCUGGUACAAGGACGAUGAGGAGAAAGAGAAGAAGUAUAUGCUUCCUCUGGAUAAUCUGAAACUGAGGGAUGUCGAAAAAGGAUUUAUGUCCAGCAAAUAUAUCUUCGCCCUGUUCAACACUGAACAAAGGAACGUUUACAAGGAUUACCGUCAGCUGGAGUUGGCCUGCGAGACUCAAGAGGAGGUGGACAGCUGGAAGGCCUCGUUCUUACGUGCUGGUGUCUACCCAGAGAGAGCUGGGGACAAGGAUAAAGCUAGCGAGUCCGAUGAGAACGGCUCUGACAGCUUUAUGCAUUCUAUGGACCCUCAACUGGAGCGGCAGGUGGAGACCAUCCGCAACCUGGUGGAUUCCUACAUGGGCAUCGUCAACAAGACCAUCCGGGACCUCAUGCCCAAAACGAUUAUGCACCUCAUGAUAAAUAAUACGAAAGACUUCAUCCACUCAGAGCUCCUCGCCAACUUGUAUUCGUGCGGUGACCAGAAUACACUGAUGGAAGAGUCGGCAGAACAGGCACAGCACAGGGAUGAGAUGUUGCGCAUGUACUAUGCCCUGAAAGAAGCCUUAAAUAUUAUCGGCGACAUCAACACGACAACUACCAGCACCCCUAUGCCCCCACCCGUAGAUGACUCUUGGCUACAGGUGCAAAAUGUAGCCACAGGGCGCAGGUCUCCUACAUCAAGCCCUACUCCACAAAGGAGAGCACCCGCUGUACCUCCAGCCAGACCCGGCUCACGAGGACCAGCACCAGGUCCACCUCCACCUGGCACCACACUUGGGAGUGCACCACCAGUUCCAUCUAGACCUGGGGCAUCCCCAGAUCCUUUUGGUCCACCUCCCCAGAUUCCCUCUAGGCCAAACCGUGCCCCUCCUGGUGUCCCUAGCAGGAAGGCUCCCGCAUCACCUACACGACCCACCAUUAUCCGACCUGCCGACCCGUCCCUCUUAGAUUAAAAAAAAUGGAGGCCUGGCUGGCGAACACAGCUUUCUCCCCCCCCAUCCCUUCUCCCGAUCCCCCCCCCCCCCUCCCCGCCAUCACACCUAUUUCGGGCAUGGUGAAAACACCCCCACCCCCAAUAUGUUGUAUACACUGGCUCAGUGUCACCGUGUAUUGUAUUGUACAGAUGUGUAGUAUCGUCCCUUUGCAGCGCCAUAUUGUGAUGUUUAAACACCUGCAAUGUCUGGUUGAUAUAUAGAUAUAUAUAUAUAUUUUAUUUCUUUCUUAUUUUCUUUCCCCCCCUCGGACUCGAUGCCACUGCACAUCCAGCUUAUAGAAAUGAUUUUGUUGUGUAUUAUGUUGUACGAUUUUUUUUUUGUAUUAAAAAGAUGUCAAUGAAGCGAGAGCGAUGUAACGAGUAGCCAUUGCUGAACUACAGUCUUCCCCCACCUCCUCCGACCCAUCAUUUGUCCUAUGGAAGCCCUUUUGUCCAUGCUCGCUGUGCUUCUGCCGCCCUCUUGUGACCCACUUUUGUUUUGCACCCCCCCUGUGCUGCAUGAUCCAUCUGAAAGAACACAAACUGUGAAAAUGUUCAUUCCCAUCGAAUAAAGAAGGGUCACUUCUGAUGUUUUUAAUUAAAAACAUUUUGCAAUUAGAUGAUGAAUUACAGGGUAUGGAUUUUAUUCCCUUUAUUAUUAUUCUUUUUAAUUUCCUGUUUUGUGUUUUAAAGGGGUGGUUUACCUGUGAUCUGUUCCGUACGAAUGAGCAGAAUACAGUCUUGCGGAUAUAGUAUAGGUAUAUAAUAAAACCGCUCUGAAUUGCUACAUUUUCCCAUGCAGGUACGGUGUAUCUGUGUGGGGGCAUAUCAAUGGGAGACAUGGUCACAGGUAAACUAUCCCUUUAAGGGGGGGGGGGGGGUGUUAGAUGCUCCACUUGUAUGCACCCCACAGUAAGUGCCAGAGGCGUUAGUGUUUUUAAAGGAAUGAUGACAAUAGUAAUAGACCAGGGACAGUGCAAUGGGAUAAGAAUGUGUCCCUUUAAUUAUGGACAUGUAUGAUUUUUAAGGACAACUGUCAUUAUGUUGUGUGUCAAGGGCUAUAAAUGUAGUGUAAAGUGAUGCAUGGUUUUGGGCCCUGAAGGACAGAGGUGGAACAGCGCUCAUCAAUUUUGCUAAAAGUUGUUUUUGGGCAUAGAAUAAGAAUAGAAUUUUAAUGUCUAGAGACCGCCACUACCUGGUUGCUGGCCCUAGGAUGUGUAGAGAGUGGCAGUUCCUGGUAGGUGGUCAUAGAUAGGGUCCACAGACGCUACCAAUGGGUCUUGAAAGAGUGCCACCUCCUGGAUACUGAUCCUAUGGAUUGUAGAGCGUACCAUCUCCUGGCUGCAGAGCCUAAGGUUUGUAGAGAGUAUCAUCUCCUAACUGCUGACCCUAGGGCUUGUAGAGAGCACCACCUCCUGGUUGCUGACCUUAGGGCUUGUAGAAAGAGACACCUCCUGGUUGCUGAUUCUAAGGCUUGUAGAGAGCGACACCUCUUGGUUGCUGACCUUAUGGCUUGUAGAAAGCGACACCUCCUGGUUGCUGAUCCUAAGGCUUGUAGAAAGCGACACCUCCUGGUUGCUGAUCCUAAGGCUUGUAGAGAGCGACACCUCUUGGUUGCUGAUCCUAAGGCUUGUAGAGAGCGACACCUUCUGGGCUUCUGAUUUUAGGGCUUGUAGAGAGCACCACCUCCUGGUUGCUGACCUUAGGGCUUGUAGAGAGCAACACCUCUUGGUUGCUGAUCCUAGGGCUUGUAGAGAAUGACACCUUCUGGGCUUCUGAUUUUAGGGCUUGUAGAGAGCACCACCUCCUGGUUGCUGAUCCUAGGAACUGUAGAGGGCCACCUCCAGGUUGCUGAUCCUUGAGCUUGUAGAGGGUGCCACCUGUUCUUGCUGAUCCUAGGGGUUCUAGAGAGCACUGCUUCCUGGUUGCUGAUCCAGUGGCUUGUAUACGGCGACACCUCCCAAAUGCUGAUCCUAGAGAUUGUAGGGAGCACCACCUCCUCCUAGUUGCUGAUCCAAGGGCUUGUAGAGAGUGCCACCUCCUCGUUUGCUGAUCCUAGGGCCUGUAGAGAGUGCCACCUCCUUGUUGCUGAUCCUAGGGCCUCUGUAACUACACUAAACAAUUCCUCUCUUUGUUUCCUUUGCUUGUGACUGACCUUUUCUUUCCCACUUUCUCCCCUUUUCUUUCUUCCUGUGAUCAGAGCCACCAGAGUUAGCCCAUCCAGGCCAGAGAGUCCUAAGCCUCAGUAUGACCUGUAAGCCUCCCUGGGCCUAGACUGUUGUCCGCUUCCUAGCUGUGAGUGUGUGACACUUACCACACUGUCUGUCCUGUCGUACGAUGGUUGUGCUACACGCAUAUGAUUAUUCCUAUACGAAUCUCAUCUUCUGUUCUGUUCCUUGCCUGUCUGUGGUAGUGGCAUAUCCUGAUAUAAAUAUAUUAUAAAUAAAUCUAAAUAUAUAUAUAUAUGAGAUCUUCAAGAUAUGUAAGCCAGUGUGCUUCCAUGUGAAUUUCAGUCUUUAGUAGGACGUAAAUCCUGUGGAGAUGAAUGGACGUCAAACAGUUGGCAGCUGGAUCUGUUGCUCUGCAUGUAAAAGGAUCAUCCAUUUGGGGAAGAAGUUCUUGGUGCUGGUGUUUAUCUGUGAAACCCAUCAGAGCGUUGAAUAAAAUAUG